GCGUCCUGCUGGGCCCGUGGGAGGGGGCCGUCAGGGGAAGGCCCUCCCUGUCUCUGGGGAAUGGAACUUCCGCUUUGGCCUGAGAGCAGCAGGCGUCUGGCUCCUGGUCCCACUGCUGCCCAGUCCAGCGGCCUCCCCGGACACCAGGUUCCCAGGAGUAGCUGAAACAGGGCGGUGAUGAAGACCCCGCGGGGCGGCGUUCUGGCGCUGCUGCUGCUCCUGGGUCUGCUGGAUGUCUCCUGGGCCCAAGGCAGCUGUACCGAACACCUGGGCAUCCCUGGCAUCCCGGGCAUCCCCGGCGCACCGGGCUCUAAUGGCAAACCUGGGACCCCGGGGACAAAGGGAGAGAAAGGCAUGCCAGGGCUGGUUGGAGACCAUGGCGAGUUUGGGGAGAAGGGAGAUCCAGGGAUUCCUGGGAAACCAGGCAAAGUAGGCCCCAAGGGCCCUAUUGGCCCCAAAGGUUCCCCAGGGCCCCCCGGAGCCCGUGGCCCCAAGGGUGAAUCAGGGGACUAUAGGGCCACACAGAAAAUCGCCUUCUCUGCCACGAGGACCAUCAACACUGUCCUGCGGCGGGACCAGACCAUCCGCUUCGACCACGUGAUCACCAACGAGAACCGCAACUACGAGCCUCGAAGUGGCAAGUUCACCUGCAGCGUGCCCGGCAUUUACUACCUCACCUACCACGCCAGCUCGCGAGGAAACCUGUGCGUGAACCUCAUGCGGGGCCGGGAGCGCAUGGAGAAGGUGGUCACCUUCUGCGAUUACGUCCAGAGCACCUUCCAGGUCACCACGGGCGGGGUGGUCCUCAAGCUGAACGAGGGGGAGAACGUCUUCCUGCAGGCCACAGACAAGAACUCCCUGCUGGGCAUGGAAGGUGCCAAUAGCAUCUUCUCUGGGUUCCUGCUCUUCCCAGACGCAGAGGCAUGAGCUGUGGGGCUGGCUCACUCCCUCCGCAUCCCCUCCCCCACCAGCAAGGCUCCCUUUGACUCCCAACGCCACCCUCGCCAGGCCAAAACACACAGUAGGGCUCCAUGGAUGUUGCUGAAUGAAUGAGUAAAUAAAAUUUUCAAGGCCAAAGGA